AACUAGAUGGCGUGUAAAAUCUCCAGUCUUCCCUCUCGAAAGUGUGGAGAUAAGUCGGAUCAGCGGACAGGCCCAAGCAGGCCUAAACAUUCCUCGUCUCGGCACCUACCGGCCUCGCGUAUCCACCUACAGGCUACAUAUAUGCCGCCACCAAGCACCAUGCUUAUCAAGUGGAGGUAGUCGCAAACCCUCGAUGGGGAAAUCGAACGCCGAGUUUGCCUUCGGGCCAGCGACCACCAUUCGGACGAUGCGCCCACGGAGCACGGUGCCUGGCGAUCGGGCACCCUAUUUCCGUUCUGAUGUGGUCUCCAGCCAAUCGUCGCGCGCUUCGUUGUGUGCGCGGUUGACAUGAUCUAUUUCGAACACGGGCGAAGCGGUCCUGCUUCAAAAGGCGCCGUACGCGACGAGAUCUUCCACGCUCUUGUCCCCUCCCUGAGCACAGUCCCAUGGCCCCCCAAUCGGCACUCCACCUCGCGGCGGCAGCAGCGGUGUUGCUCUCGUCGGCCCUUGUGCAGGCACAGACUGCUGCUGCUCCUGCUGCGGCCAGCGUCAGGUCGCUGUCCUCGCCCUUGGGCCCUGUCGUCGACCUGGGGUGAGUCCUCGAUCCGCGGGCGGCCCGGACGGACGGCUACUGAGCGCAGUCCCAGCUAUGCCGCUUACGCCGGCAACACGUCGCUCCCUGGCCUGACAUUCUUUGGUGGAAUCCCAUACAUCCAGCCCCCCGUCGGCAACCUUCGUUUCGCACCGCCGCACAAUCUCGACGAGAGCUACAAUCGACACCUCUCGAACGCGGACGUCGUGGACGCCCGCAACUGGGGUCCCAUCUGCAUCCAACAGCCGGCUGUUGUCGGCAUCGGCAGUGAAGAUUGCGUCACACUCAACGUCUGGACGCCCUCCGGCACCAACCCGAACAGCAAGCUACCUGUUUAUGUCUACAUCCACGGUGGAGGCUACUAUUACAACUCCGCCCAAGGUUUCCCCGGGAAUGAUUGGGUCGCGCGGUCUAAUGGCGGUCUGAUCGCGGUGGCGAUCCAGUAUCGGCUUGGAAUGCUCGGGUUCUUGAACGGAGCCGCGAUCCGUGCGGACUACUCGGCCAGUGCCAACAACGGCCUCUUCGAUCAACGCGCUGCCCUCGAAUGGAUCCAGCGUCACAUUGGAGCUUUCGGUGGGGAUCCCAGCAAGGUUACCAUCGGAGGCCAGAGUGCGGGCGGUGGAUCGGUUGCCUUGCACAUGGCUGCUUACGGAGGGGAGGCUCACCCCCCGUUCCGCGCGGCGGUUCUCGAGAGUCCCGGAAACGAUCCCUUUGCGACGGACGACCACAGCGAGCAGUGCUUCGCCGAUGCGGUCUCGCACAUCGGCUGCCCUAGCAGCGGCUCCGGUGUCGUUUCCUGCCUGCGCAAAGCUUCGGUUGGAGCCAUCGUUGCUGCAGUGAACAACAAGCUGUCCACUUGCAAGUACGAGCCCGUGAUCGAUGGCAACUACAUCCCAGGCAUCACCUCCCAGCUGUUCACCGCAGGCCGAUUCAGCAAAGUGCCCAUUCUCGGUGGCCACACUGCCCAGGAUGGAUCGAUCUUCGUUGGUAAGCCGGCCCAGAUCAACACCGACGCCGACAUUGUUGCCGCCAUCGUCAAGCGUUACCCGUUGCUUUCAGCUCAGACCACUAACUCGAUGCUCGUGACAUAUCCACCUGCGUCGAGCACCACGCCGUGGACCACCCAGUGGGAGCGGGCGAUGUGGGCCUACAUGGAGAGCGAGCUUUCGUGCUACCCGUGGUACAUCGGCAACAUCUCCGGCAAGCCCGCAUUCAACUACCGCUGGGACGCCCCGGACCCGAAUCUGAUCGCUGCCCGGGGAGCCUACGUCGGCGCCGCGCACACGGCGGAGCUCUUCUACCUCUACGACGGCACCAACUCGGGCCCCAGCGCCUCCGUCGCCCAGCCCGUCUUCACCGCCUUCAGCGCCGCGCAGUCGUCCCUUGCCCAGCAGGCGGUGGCCUGGUGGUCGAGCUUCGCGAUGACCCUCGACCCGAACUCGCACGCCGCGGCGGGCGCGCCGACCUGGGAGCCGGCGUCGCUGAACGGUGGAUUUAUGGUCCCCAAUGCGAGCGCCAGCUCAGCCUCCAGUGCCAUGCAGUACGUCGACGCGAACUACCCCGUCCGCUGCGCUUGGUGGCGCAGCAUCGCCAAUGAACUCAGGCUCUAGGCUUGCGCUUCCUUGAGUGAUAUAUAUGUAAAAACUGUUAUUUAUCUCUAUACAUAAUGAACAGAGAGCAUCUCGGGGACCAUCAUCAUUGUUUGACUGGUAAUCAACCCGCGGGUACACACUGGUUACAGUCCGUGUCUUGGUAUUGAUUGUGAUGGUCAUCCGACGAUGAUUCUUUUGGG